AUGACGACAGGAUGCGGAGUGCUUUACAACUUUUGUGGUCUGCAUGCAGGCAUAGAGUCGAUAGGGAGCCCUCGUGCACUGGUGCAGAGACUCUUGUUUCAUCUUCUGCACCUAUUCCCGGAAGUGCUCGAGAAGGGUGAUCGGGAGCUUUUUAAUGCGGAGAUCUUUAUUGCAGCGAAGUCUGACCUUGACAUCUCAUGGCGAAUCUUCCUUGAAUGUUUCCGAGUUGUUCGUUUUGACCUUGUCUAUAUUGUGGUGGAGGGUAUUGACUGGACAAGAGCCGCAAAUGUGAAUGGAGACUUUAGGAUGCUGGUCGACCGAUUCAAGGAUCUAUCUGCUCCAGAAGCUUUGGAGCAAAAGAAACUCAAGGUGAUGAUCACAUCGACGAGACCGGACGGAGGGGCCGACCUUGCCUUUGGUAGUUCCUCACAAGAUAGAGAGGCUACAGAUACCCGUUUACUUCUUCGGACUCCGCGGGUGGCUGAACGAAGCCGACGCGAGUUUGUUCAUCUGCCCAGUAGGAAAAGGAUCUCAGCUGCGCGGCGAAGACCUCUGGCGCACAGUGAAGCAAGCCAAACAGUGUCCGUCGCUCAAAGUCUGUGUAAUCCGAGUGAUUUCAUUCCAUCUGAUCACGAAAAGGGGUCUGUGCCAUCCUCUGCAAUGGAUAGCUAUGGGAAAGAAUCAGAUAGUGGGAGCGAGUUUGAUAUAUUCGAGCGGCCUUCAAAGCAGAAGGAAGAAGCAGAACAAAAAAAGAUAUGCAGGAGGGUAUAA